GUGGUUCGUGGUUGUGCGCAUGAAGCUUGUGCACCGCAAGGGUGGUGGUUCGUGGAUGUACGCAUGAGGCUUGUGCGCCGCAGAGGUGUGGAGGAGCUUCCACCGAAUUGGGUGUUCUAACAAGUAAGCAAGCUUCAUUGCUUUCCUGUUGGGCGCUUGUUCUGCUUUUUGUUUAAAUGUGAUUCUUCUUCUUUAUGUUGUACCAUUUGAUGAAGAAGGAGGUUGUAUUGUUUCUUUACUAGGUAAUUGGUUUCUUUAUUGGGUAAUACGUUUCCAUGUUGAACGUAUCCUUCCUUUAUGCCUGAUGAAAUAAAAAUGCUUUGUGUUGGUAACUCCUUAUGCUCAUGUGAUUAGUAGUAGUUUUAUUUGUGAAUGAAAAUCAUGGUGAGGAUUGAUGGGUGAUUGGUGACAGGCCUUGGAUUAUGUGAUAGCAGAAGUAAGGCAACAUGGAAUUAGGCUCCUUCUUAGCUUAGUGAAUAAUAUGCAAGCAUAUGGUGGGAAGAGUCAGUAUGUGAAAUGGGCCAUGCAAGAAGGGGUAGGCUUAAGCUCCACCAACGAUUCUUUCUUCUUUGAUCCUUCUAUCAGAACUUAUUUCAAGAACUACAUCAAGACUGUCUUGACAAGGAAGAAUAGUAUUACCGGCAUUGAGUAUAGAAAUGACCCCACCAAUUUUGGUUGGGAAUUGAUUAAUGAACCUCGUUGCAUGUCUGAUCCUUCUGGUGACACUCUACAAGUAAGUUUCUUCACCUGCGCUUUAGCACCUUGAAAUAGUAAUGGA